UUUCAACGGAUAGACGACGAACAUCCUAUACUCGCUUUCGACAUCAAAAGAGUCGCACCGCCCCUCAAUUCCCGGGGCUCGAGAAAAGUGUCUCGCUCAUCCCAAAGGGGUUUCAGGCUGCCCCUUGCCUGCCCCCUUAGCCGAGGGCAAGGGGAUCAGGGGGUCUUGGGGUAGAGGGUACUUCCUUUGAUACAACCUCCUGCAGUACUUGGUAAGUAUGUCUCGGGGUUCUUAUAGCUCGCAAGGAAUGGUUGGCGAUACCUGGCGAUCCCUCCCAAUCGAAAUGCGAUCGGCCAGAUUAUCCUCUGCAGAUCGUUUUGAUUCUUCACAGCGACCACGUCUUUGCAUACGCCACUUCCAAUAUACAAUCCUGACCUGACCUAAUACCGAGAGACUGUUUGAGGAAUUCAAAAUGAUGGUCGGAGACUAUCAGGAGCAACAACGAAAGCAGCGAAUCAUGCUUGAUGUUCUUCCUGAUCAAAAGAUGUGGGACGCCUGGAAGAGGACCGACUCCAAAGCUCGCCAAGGAAAAGGGUUCAAUCCCAAUCUCGACAAAUGCUUUCUCGAGUUCCUCGUCUCUACGGAGAUCGACUCCCACUCUUACGCUCAUGAUGUGGAGCCUGUCGUGCCGCUCGAGCGUUGUCAGCGAAACUUUGAGAAGGUUCGCCGUGUGGCCCAGAUCAGGAUCGGUCAGGAACGGCUAGAGGCCUACAGAGCUCGAGUGAAAGAAGCGUUCUUUGCGUACAUCGAGGGCUGUCAGAACUGGACGACUUGGGAUGCGAGCUCCGCCAGCGGUAGUUUCGACAGCAGUUCCACACGAGGCGAUACCAAAGUGGACGAGAUCGACGACCUCGCCCGUGGACGUGAGAAAAGGGCCAGACGGGAGAAACGUUCGCGAGAAAAACGCGCUUCCGUGCAGACUACCUCUACGGUUGACUCUGGUGCAUCUCUCAAGACUCCAAACCCGACAGGUGCAGACAACGCUGGGAUUCGUGGUGCUGACAUGGAUGUCGAUGACGAAGGAGGUGCCGCGAUGGACGUCAUGGUGAAGGCCGUCGUUCGGGCGUGACCCAACUGGAUGCGCUCUUGGGUUUAGAUCGGGUUGAUUUUUCCGGUCCCAAUCUUGUAGAACAGUCAGGUUGUAUAAACGAUCUUCACGAUGUAUCUAUGCCUUCUUU